UAUGUAUUAUGGUUAUGCUAUAAUCGUGGUCUCAUGUUUAUUCGUAAAAUUCGUUUGAAAAAUUGUAUGUAAUAAUUUUCAGUAUGAUUUAUAUAACAAUAUUUUAAAUUAAAUAUUUUUCUAAAUCAAUUAAUAUCAUUAAACAUUUUUUUAUUAAAUACCCAUUGUAUUUUCUAGUAUAUAAAAAAAAUAGUUUCGAAAUCUUAAAGAAUGUCCCGUUCAAUUGUUUUUGGGAUUCAUGUUGGAAACUCCUCAGCGUCAAUAGCUAUAUCUAAAGUAUAAAAAAUAUAUAUUUAUAUGUCAUAAUAAUAAGUGCAUACAUAAGGUGACAAUGUAUUUUUUUGGUUGAAAACUAGACAAAAAAAUUCUUCAUCAUUUUGGUUUAUUUAAUAACUAUAAACAAAAUUACAUACUUCUAUAAUUUUACAAAACAAAAAAUUAAAAUUAUUUAAUUACACUUUUUAAUAAGUGACUUAUUUUUUUUUAGAUAUUUCUGUUUUCUUAAUUAAUUAUAAAGAAAAUUACAUAUUAUAUUUACUGUUCUUAUAAAUUUGUUUUAAUAAAUCAUCGAUGACUUCAGGAUCAAGUAAAAUUAUAAACAAGAGAUUUUAAAAUUAACUUUUUUAUUUGUUAUUUAUUUUACUUGUAGCAUAUAUAUAUAUAUAUAUAUAUAUAUAUAUUGGUACCUAACUUUCUUUUUGGUAAUGUCCACCACUAUUUUUAAAUUUCCAAGUCAAGGUUUUUAAUCCAAUCUAUGGCUUUUCAGUCACAAUAAAAAUGUUUUUUAGAUUAAUUAAAAGAUUAAUUUGACUGUAUUUGAAACAGGCGAGCAUAAAAAAUACUAAAGGAUUUUCUGAAAAUAGUGUGGUUUAAAUUGUUGAAAAACUCUUGUAUCCAACAACGCAUAAUUGUUUUUCAUUAUUUCUUUGUCUAUCUUUUGAAAACUGGAUAUUUUAGUACCUCAAAAAAAAUUUUCCUAGAAAAAACGAGACAUAUACACAUAUACUUAUUAUUAAUUUUUAUAAUUCAUUAUUUAAUGCAGAAUACCUAUAUUAUUAUUAUAAUUACUAUAAUAUUUUCAGGAAGAGGGCAAGGUAGAUGUUCUAGCUAAUGAAGCUGGAGAUAGAAUCACACCAGCAGUUGUAUCAAUUACAGAUGAAGAAACUGUAAGUUUUUUGUUUUAAAGACUAUGAAACAAAAAAAAUGACUGACUUAAUCAAUAGAUAAUGAAUUAAUAUAACUCAUGGUAGUACUAUAAUUCGGUCUAGGUUAUUUAUUAAUAUUUUAUUUUAUCUUCAACAAUGUGGUUAAGUAUAUAAUUGUAGAUUUAUAUUAUAAAUAACUGUAUAGUCAAAACAAUAAACAGACACAUAAAUAUACUCUAUUUGGAUUGUUAUGUUAACAAUUUAAAUGACUUACAUUAUGGAAAAAUAGUUGAAUUUAAACUUGUUCUGAAAAGUAUGGGAAAAGGAGACUUGGAAAGAAAAGGUUGUGAAUUAUUAAUGAACUGACCAAAAACUAAAAUUGUUUCUUACUGACCGACAUAAAGAAUUGUUUUUACUUUAUAACACAACAUCCUGAAAUACAACAUGAAUUUGAUAUCUGGCACCUAUUUAAAAGUUGAAGGUUAAAAAUGAAAACAUUAAAAAAAGUUAUAACUUUUAAAGAUUUUAUAGAAGAUUGGCCACUUGUAAAAAAAUGGAAUCUUAUUAUAAUGUAAGGCUAAAAUAUAGAGGUAUACCUUAUGUCUAAACUAUAUUAGACCAUUAUUACAAAAAAAAAAAGACAACUACUAGGCGAUAAAAUGGUAUACUCAGAACCAUUAGGAAAAAAUUUAAUGAAGAAUGUAUAUGAGCGUGCAGAUACUGAUUGCAAAAACAAAUUAUGCAAGAAGUGUUUAAUUUGGAUGAAAAAAAAUAAUAAUGAGCCAGUGUAGUAAAACAAUUCCAGGAGAAAUUGAAAUUCCUAAGUCUAUGGCUCUUAUACCAAGACCAAAUAUUGAAGAAAUAAAUUCUAAAAGAUAUUUAGGAUUUUUUAUUUAAUUUUAUAAUUUGUUUAAAAUGUUAUUAUUUUUAUUUUUUUGUGUAAUAAAUAUAUAUUUAUGUAAAACAUCAAAAAACACUAACAUUUAUGAAAAUCCACAAACUUAUGGUAAUUGUCUUAAUUUUUAAUAUUUGUUUAAUAUCACAAAAAAUAUAAAUAAGUAUUCGAUUCCUGUAUAAGAGUUUAGGCCGCCGUUACGCCCUGUGAUUUUGAAACAUUAAGCAGCUAUCUUUUGAGCUUUAAUGUCUCAACAAAUUUGAGUACCACCAUCAAUUAUAUUAAUUAAUAAUCUAUUAAUUGAAUCUGUCAUUUUUUUUGUUUCAUGGUCCUUUUAUUGUUUUUGAAUGCAUAACUAUACUUCUUACCUACUUGUAAUAAUUUUUUCUAUCUUCAGAACAUGUUUUAUUUUUUUAACAUUAGAAUAUUUGAGUAAGUUUAAAAAUAAUUAUUCAUCAGUUUGGGAUUAUUGUGAUAAAUAAUUAUCUAAUGUCAUAAGAAUAAAAAAAGAUGAUUUGAUACAUCUGUAGAUAUUACAGUGAAUAUCAUGUUUAUUUCUUAAAAUUCUUAAUAUAUUGGUGUUUUAGAACUUCACACUAUUGUUCAUCAACCAAAUUAUGAAUUCAGGAUUAUUCGUUGUUAACUAAUUAAAAGAGCACAAUGUUAUUUGUGUUUAAGAUGACAGGGAAGGUGGUAUUUGAGAGAUGAGGGGGUUAGCGUGAUUAAAGGACUUUUUGUGGAAUUUAUUGUAAUGAUAUGAAGGAAAUUUAGAUAAUGUUGGAAAUUUGAGAUUAUAAUGAAAAAUACCAGGGAACAUUAGAUAAGAUCCAAAGAGAUACUGCUUGGGAUGAUUGAAAUUUACUUAGAUUUAAAUUUUUUUGCAGUUCCCCUAAGUUAGAUAUCAUGUAUAAUUGUGAGAUAUUAUAUGUGUUUUUAAAUUAAAGCUUUGUUCGUUGCUAGGGACACCUACUUUUAUAAGAUGUAAGUUUAAAAUUUCAUUUUCACAUCUUAUAACGAAACUUGCUGGAUAAAAUGGUUUUAAGGUGAGAACUAAAGAAUUGGUGAAGAAUAGAAGUUUGUACAUUAGUGCUUCAUGGCAGACCUGAUCAGGAUAGAAAGGUCGUAAGGUUUUUUUUAAAAAAAAAAAAAAAAACGAUUUUGAAUAGAAAAAAUGAAUCUAGUAAUUUAUGAGUAUUCAAAAAUAAAAAAAAUUAAUAGCUUGUAGUUCAUUUUCAAUGGUCGUCACAAGAAGUAAAACUGAACUUAAAACUUAAAAUAUGUAAACCUUUAUAUUUUUUUUGGGUAUGUAUUUCUGAACAAAUGCCAAAAUAUUAUUUUACCUAAGGCUUUAUAUAGUUCUAGUUAAUGUAAAAUUAUAUUUUUAGGUUGUCGGAAAUGCUGCUAAAACGGGUUUUAUAUCAAAACAACCAUAUACAAUAACUUUUAACAAUCGCUUAAUGAAUCUUAAAAUGGAAGAAAAAGAAAAACGUUCAUUAUUGGAAAAUAAUAAAGUAAAAACUAUUGAAGAAGGAGGCCAUCUUGCAUAUGAAUUGCCAUUAGAAACAAAAAAAAAAAUUUAUUCUCCCCAGUUUAUUGAAUCAAAUAUUUAUAAAACAUUAUAUGGUAACUUUAAAUAUGCACAAUUUUAAGUUUUAAUAACCUUAAAAAUAAUUUCCAUUCAUUAUAUUAAGGUAUUGCUAAAAGAGCUACUCAUAGUGAUGAUAUGAAAUGUUCUUGUGUACUUACUGUACCAGAAUUUUUUGACAAUUCCAGCAGAGAAUUAGUUCGAAAUUCCGCUAUUCAGGCUGGAUGGAAUGUACUUCAAGUUGUUAAUGCACCAAGUGUAACUCCAUUCACAUAUGGAAUUAAUGUUUCAGAACCCUUAAAUGACACGUGUGUAACAACAAUAAUGUAUUUAUUUUGAAAUAAUAUCAUUAUUUUGUAAUAUAGGUACAUUUUAGUAUACAGACUUGGUGGUAUUAGCUGUGAUGCAACAAUUUUGUAUGUGAAUUCUGGUUUAGUAUCAAUAGUAGCUUCAGAACAUACUAAAGAAAUCGGAGGAUAUAAAUUAAUAGAAACAUUGAAAUCUCAUUUAAUUGAAGAAGUUAAAAGGUAAACACAUGAUUUAAGAAAGUUAAUAUAGUACUUAUAUGUGUAUUGUUUGUUUAAGGAAACAUAAAUCAAAUCCAUUAGAAAAUGCAAGAGCGUCUGCAAAGUUGCAAAAAGUUACAGAAGAAGCUGUUCAUUUACUGUCAACAUUAAAAACUGCAAACGUAUUUAUUGAGUCAUUAACUGAUGGCAUAGAUUUUGCUGCUUCAGUUUCACAAGCAAGAUUUGAAUCAUUAAUUGCUCAUUUGUUGGCCAAUUUCGCUUUACCUAUUGAACUUGUUUUAAAAAAAGUUAAUCUUGAAAGUUCAAAUAUUAAAAAAGUAUGAAUUUAAGACUUCAGUUCAAUUUUGAAUUUAUUAACAUAUGACUAGUCCAAAAAAAAUGUCAGAAUAAAUUAGUUUAUCCAGUAAUAUAUAAAACAAAUUUAUAUUUAAUUCCGUAGGUUAUACUUUGCGGUGGUCCACUUAAAAUACCAAAAUUGAAAUCUUAUAUUGGAAACUUAUUUCCACAUGCUGACAUACCGAAUGGUAUUAGUCCUGAUGAAGUAUUAGCUUAUGGAGCUGCUAUACAAGCUAGUUUCUUAGCAAAAUAUUGGAAUUCGCAUGAUUGUUUACCGGAAACCACAACAGAAGUGCAUACACUGAAUGAAUCUGUUGAAGUAAAUGUGAGUAUAUUUUCUCCGCAGUUUAGAAUUCAAAUAUUUUAAACAUUCAAUUCAUUAUUUUUGUAGUGUUGUGGUGAAAUAAUACAUUUUGAUCAAAAUGAAAUAUUACCCAGUAUAAAAACCAUAAAGACUAAUACAAAUGAAGAUAAUGUCAUAUUAGUAGCUACAUUAGGAAAUGACAAAAUUAGUAAGGCUGAGGUAAGUUUAUAUGAACAAAAUUAAAUUUUUUUUUUUAAAUUUAUAAUGUUUUUAUUUAGGCACAAUUAAAUCUGAAAAUAAAAGGUGAAAUAAUGUUCACAUUAACUGCUUGUGUGUAAGUAUUCUAAUGAUAAAAAAAUAAUAUGAAUUUCAUUUGUACUGUUUUUUUUUUUAAAAAAUUACAGAGAUCAAUCAUUAAAUGUUGAAGCAAAAAAUAUGGAUUCUGAAUUAAAAUCAACUGCUGUAUUUGUACCUGUAUAAUGUAUACCUGAAUAUACAAAAAUAUUUUUAUUUGUUGAAUUAUUGCCUGAUAACCUAAUUUAUUAUUUUAUGAUUUACUUAUUUUUCAAAUUAAGA